AUGGCAUUGGCGGUGCUGCGCAUCGUCGCGUUGGUGGUAUUUUUGGGUGGUCUGACUUCCAGCCUGCCUCUGGAAGUUGAAAGCAGACGCUGUCAAGGCUCGAACUGCAAGUUGUGUCCAGCAGUAACCGUGUACCUCGUGCUUCUUCCCUUACCCAAACGUACAGGAACAUACCUGAAAUCUUGUUGUGACUGUUCUGCGUGUCCUGAAGAUACCUUCACCGACAAGGCCAACAGAGAGAAGAGCUGCCACCCGUGCUUCAAGGACUGCAAUGCAGCUCUGAACCUGCAGGUGGUGAAGUCGUGCAGCAACACGUCGGACGUGCAGUGCGAGUGUAUGGCCGGUUUCGUGUGCAGUAAACGAGAACACAACCGCUGCGUGAAGUGUCAGCGCCAACCUCAGACUUCGGCCACACCCACACCCACACCGACACCCACCGAGACUCCGUCAAGUCACCAGUCAGGCUGGGUGAAGCAGUGCUCAGUAAUGAAUCAGAAGGAGGGGACCAGCACUGGACCUUCUGAAAUACAUGAGCCGAUCAGCCACCUCCCCUGGGAUAAGGUUCAGCCCGCGCCCACAUCCACCAGUCCAAGUUCAGGCUGCACUACUAACCAACCAGUCCAGACAGAACAGGCUCAACAAGCUACUGGAAAUCUAGGUCCUCUUCACAUCUAUGGUGCAGGCACGGUGUUCGUCAGCUUGAUGAACCAGUUCGGACUGAACGGAGAUGAAAAAGAUGAAGAGGAACCCCGUGAGAAGCAUUUAAACCAGACUGAGCUGCACAGUCCCACCUGGUCCACGUGUCCUUUAUCCACGGAGGAGAGGAACAGGGACAGUGGGUACAUCUCAUUCCCCUCCCAGGAACAGGGCAAGGAGUGCCACAUCUCCAAAGAAGAGGGAUUAUGA